AUGGCUGACUUCUCCGUCAAGAAAAUCUCUCCAAAGCUCGGCGGAGAAAGAGGGACUCGAAACCCUAGCGGCCCAACUUCUUCGUAUGACCUCGUCGAGCAAAUGGAGUUUCUUUACGUAGAAGUAAUCAAAGCCACGAACAACUCUCGCGUAAACCCUAUACCCCACACAUGUAUCCCCAUCGUCGAAAUCACCCUAGGGAACUUCAAAUCCUCUACCAGAGAUCUACCAAUUGGACCAAACAGGGAGUGGAACCAAGUCUUUGCUUUCGACAAAACCAAAGGCGAUGUCUUGUCGGUUACUCUAAUAGACGGUUACUUGGGUACCGUAAUUGGCAAGCAAAAUUUCAAACUGGCCGCGGAUAUUCCGAGUAGGGUUCCUCCCGAAGCAAGAAUGGCGCCUCAGUGGUACUCUAUACAGAAUUCCGAAACCGGUUAUGACAUGGCAUUGCUGAUGUCGAUUUGGUUCGGUACACAAGCCGAUGAGGUUUAUUCAAAUGCUUGGUUUUCUGACGCGUCUUUAGUGAGUGCUAGUUGCGUGACUAACACGCGACCUAAGCUCUACCUAGCUCCAAGGCUCUGUUACGUUAGGGUUACAAUUGUUUCAGGUCACGAUUUGAUUUCUAGCGAUGGAAAACGAUCUCCUUCGAUUUACGUGAAGGCAACGCUCGAUAAUCGAGUCACUCUAAAAACCGGGAUUUCUUCUGGUUCGAACCCGUCUUGGAAUCAAGAUCUCAUCUUUGUUGCAUCGGAGCCGUUACAAGGAACUGUCUGCAUAGAGCUCGUGGACAAAGUCGAUGAUCAACACGAAACGUGCGUAGGGAAACUAAAAAAGAUUAGGCUCUCGGAGAUGACUGCGGUGAAGGUUCCGGGUGGUCCUGCACCCCUCUCGACUUUCGACGUUGAACCACCCAGUAAGGUCGAACCGGCAGGAGACACGAGGCGGUUUGCUAGCACAAUCAAGGUGAGAUUAGCUACAGAUCAAUCUUACCACGUCUUUGAUGAGUGUAGCCAGUACUGCAGCGAUUAUCGAGCUUUUGCGAAAGGGUUGUGGCCCGGUACGGUCGGGAAACUAGAGGUUGGGAUAUUGGGUGCUACCGGUUUGACACCGAUGAAAAACUCGAGAAAUCAAAGGAACGCUUACGUGGUGGCCAAGUAUGGGAAUAAAUGGGCCAGGACUCGAACCGUGGUGGAUAACGCGUCGCCAAAGUGGAACGAGCAGUAUUCGUGGGAUGUUUACGACAAGAGUACGGUGUUUACGCUUGGAGUCUACGACAACCAACAGCUCGUUAGUUACUCCGGUAAUAAGGUGGAUGAUGCUCCGAUUGGGAAAGUGAGGUUUCGACUGAGCAAGCUUAAAUGGGACACGAUCUACACUGGUUCGUAUCCGAUAUUGGUACUGGGCAAAGAAGGAUUGAAGAAGAUGGGUGAGAUUCAGCUGGCGAUUCGAUGCGCAAGUAGUGGUCCGCUAACGUACGCAUUUGCUACAGCUCCUUUUCGUUGGAUGUUACCCAAAUCUCAUUACAAGUCUCCACUGUCGCUACUACAGAUCGAGGCUCUGAGAUCACAAGCUGUGGAGGUGAACUGCAUGAAUCUGGCGAAAACAGAGCCGAUGUUGAGGAGUGAGGUGGUCAAGGACAUGUUGAAGCCCAAGAGUAACAACUUCAGUCUGAGAAGAGCCAAAGCUAACUACGAGAGGCUCUGUAGAAUCUUCAUGUGGCUGUCCAAAAAGUGUGCUUUGAGUGAUAUAAUGAAUAUCAGAUCCAACCCAGAUAAUACUCCGAAAUGCGUUGCGUUUCUUCUCUGUUGUUUCGUUAUUUGGGUGCCCUACGUGAUACCGGUUUUGUUGUGGUUGGCUAUUUGGCGGGUGUAUCCGAUUUGCGCUGCGUUGAUGAUUUUGUACGAGGUGGUGUACAAGCUCUUGAUCCAAGGAUAUCACAGGAUCCGGAUUGGGACCAACACUCCUCCUCCUCCUCCUCCUCUGGUUCUCGUGGAUUUGAAGCUAUCCAAACUCGACUCGCUCAACCUAGACGAGUUAGCGGAAGAGUUCGACGCGUUUCCUUCGUCGGAGGCCGACGUGCAUGUUCUUAAGAUGAGGUACGAUAGGCUGAGGAAGUUGGGGGAGAAAAUGGUGACAUUAAUGGGUGAUGCUGCGUCACAAUGUGAAAGGCUCUGCGAGCUCUGGACGAUUUGUGACGACAAUCCAAUCGCCAAGAUAUCUUUCCUUUUAGUCGUCGGUUUUGUGGUCUUGCCCUUGCUCUACAGUCUUCCCUUUGAGUAUCUGUUCAAGUAUUUGCUGACUUGGUUUCUUGUCCACUGGUUUAACUUCACGUGGGAUCGCAACGAUUUGCCCAGUGCUAUCAAGAACUUCUUCAGAAGAUUGCCUACCAACGAAGACCUCAUGAUCUGA